AUGGAGCAGUACAACAGAUACACCGAGAACGAAAAUAAACCAGGUGAAGCCGGUGCUCAGACGAACCCUGAGAUACUUGAGAGAAUAUCAGAGGCUACGGUGCGUCGAGAGAAAUUCCUCUCAUGCAUACAACUACUGGCUUUUAGUGGCGAAGAGGUUGAAGCACAGCAGCAAUGGAUAUGGAGGCGCCUCAAGGAGACAUUAGAAAGAUGCGAUAUUUGCAUCAAAGAGUACUACAGGGGUAAAAUAUGGCUGAUUGAGACUUUGGGUGAAAGUUACGAUGAAUCUGAAGUGGAAAAAUUCAGUAAAAUGCUGGAUGAUUGGGAUAUAGCCAGAGUCGGGAAAAAUUUGGAUAAAGCUGCCAGUAUGCUCGCAAGUAUCUCCCCUGGGCAGCGUAAGAUAAGCGCCCUCGAUCGAGCCUCUAUGCUCUCCAUUUUUGAAGCUUUAAGCUCUACCCCGGUCCUAGGAAACGAUACGUUUCUAAGAGAGCACUUCGAUGGGCCGUUUACGAUGGUACAAAGCUCGCGCACUCUAAAGAUCACAGAAUAUGUACCUGCCGCUACGCAGUUUCUUUUCGACAAAAACAAGCAUAGAAACGAUUGGGCUGUGUUUACUUGGUCAAAGCUAGCCAGACCGCCGACAACUACGGAAUUUGACUGUGCAAUAAAGGAGCCUUUACUUGCAGCUUUACGCCGGGCAUCCAGUCCUCCAUUUGAUCCAGACUUUGUUGAUUCGCUAUGGCGUGGAGUCACUAUCAUAAUUAAGGGACUGAACAAGGACCAAAUCACCCACCACCUUCGUGGGCUUGAACUCGAUCCCUGCCGAUUAUCUGUUGACCACCUAGGCAUUCAAGCUCCAGCUUUACGUUCAGUCAUCAACACGAUACAUGCUCUCCUGAAGAAAUCUCCAAAUGACUUUUGGGAUGCCAUGCAAACUAUUUCACCACAGGCCAUUAUUGAGCAGAUUUUUUACAAUCCCCAAUACGAAUUGUUUCUAACGGCUACUGAUAAUAAUGACUCCUUGGCUGAAUCUCCCCUGAGGGACAUGUUGUCAUGGAUAGAUCCCUUUAUCAUGUCCCUCAAGAAUACCCACCAGCCACAAGCAUGUCGGUUUUUAGUUCACCAGCUUCUCAACCGCCUUCAGGAGCCUCGGUUUCCUACCAUUGUCAAGUACCAUUGCUUUCGAAGUGGACUCAUGGUUCUUUAUCGUACCUUGCGUAGCUUCACAGAUAAUGAAGACUCGAGAGGUUCUGUGGCUACCAUCGUUCUAUCCGAAAUGAUGGAAGUUAUAAGUGAUAAUAUCAAACAUUUCCUUAACCCUCCACGGUUCGACGUUGAUGGGAGUGAGGCGGAGAUUUCUAUUCUCUGUAUGGAUGUGGUCCGAAACACAUUGGCACUGGAAUGCCAGUCUCUAAAAUCAGACUAUGAAACCAUCCUCAGGGAUAAUACUCUACAACAUGGCGUUAGCACAUAUACAGCGCCUAUAUGGGAUGCUGUAGUCCAACAUCUUGACGAAAAGAAUUUAGCCCUCUCCUCUGCAGCUCUGAGAGGUAUCUUACCUCUCGUAGGACUUGAGAAAUUCCAGACGCGGGGAGAAAACACGAAAGAAAAGACGCAUUUUAAUGUCAUUUAUGGCCACCUUACUCAUCUCGCAUGCCAGAUCCUUGAGAGAUUGUCUGAUUUCAGACCUGAACAUCUGGACGAAUUAUUCAAAGCUCAAGAGACCAACGGUUCUUUGAUUUCUGCAUUAUUCUCUGCCGACUUAAAUACGUAUCAGGCGGCUGUCGAUCUAAUAAAAGCAGUCAGCGGCCAACUAGGGCGCAAGGAGGCAAUUUCUCACCUACUACAGUCGUUCUGUGCAUCCACGAUGUUUGGGUUCAGCUGGUCUUUUCGGCGCAUUUCCAACAUGAAAACAUUCUCCUCGGCUCCUAGAAUGCUUAAAACUGGCACUGAUAUCAUCGAGGUCCUGUGUGAUUCUCAAACUGGAAUACUGAGGACUCGAAAACUUAAUGACCCAAAAGAAGUAUACUUCUUGCAGAGGCUUUGGGAGUACCAGUGGUUGGCACUUUCUACAAUAUUUAGUCAGACCGAAAAAUGGCAUAGAAUGGGCGUUGACAGGUCAAUCAUGCUGGAGUUCUGUCGAGACAGUAUCCAGUUUGCUGAGCUUCUGUUCGACCAAUUUCCAAUAUUUGCCACGGCCGUUGGAGAAGCCGACCCAGCACAAGCUAAUUCAGCAAAGAGUAACCUCCUUCGAUACCCAACUACCACAAUGAAUGCCAUGGUAAAAUGGUUGCGACUAAAGGAUGAGUAUCUUGCGACUACGCUGGUUGGGAUUGUUUCAAAGGUGCUUCGCCGUCUUGGGGAUCUAGAUGCAACAGUUCAGGAGGAGGCCUUGGACGUUAUCAAAGAUGUUGCUUUGACUGCCAAAAUCAAGACAAUUUUGACGGACAGUGAAAAAGCCGAGCUAGUAAGGUCUAUGGAGGCCUAUUAUAAGAAACCCCUGAUCACCCCUAUUCCUGCUCCACCUCCCAAAAAGAAACAAAGUUCGAUUACUGCUUUUGCUAAACCUGUGGAUCCCAAAACAAUUGUCAAAUCCGAAUCUAAACCGACUGAGGAAGAGGAACAUGAGAGUGAGAUUGACAUUCCAGAUGAUGUUUUAAUAGAACUAUCUGGUUCGAUUGAUCUUCACAAGGCUAGAAUAGCCUCUCAGAAGAAACCUAUUCCCCGCCCUACCGCACCUUCUAAACCUCUUCCACCCGUGGUACCAUUAGCGAAACCGGUUCACAAUGUCCUCUCAUUCCGUGAAAAACGCGAGAGGGAAAAGGAGGCCAAAAAGAAACGUGAUAUGAUAGAGCUCGCCAAGGUAAAGAAGAACUUGCCUUUACGUGGUAUGAGUGAGCAGACAGCAUCACAAGGCUCCGGCCUCAGCGGUCUUAAUAUAGGAGUCGUUGAGCAUAAACCUGCAGACAGUAUGAUGGUUUCUUCCGACUCGGAUUCAGACUCAGACAGUGAUGAUAACGGAGACGAAGAUAUGGUUGGGAAGCGGGUGUCUUCAAAACCAGAUGCUGUGAGAGCUUAUGAGGAAAGCCGAAAGAAACUCCUACAACGGGUGCCUGUUAAGAAGGCAAAGAUCAUCCGCUCUGCCAAGGACAUGCGAGCGCGGCUUGCCCCAGACUUAUCGUCUCUUCAUAAGACAUUAUUAAGUUGGGAUUUCUUUGCAACGACUGUUCUUCCUCCCAACUGUGGCCGAACUGACUACACAUUGGUUUCCAACGUUUUUGCAAAUGCACUGGAGUAUCAAAAGACUUUCGAGCCAUUACUGAUACUUGAAGCCUGGCAAGGCUUCCAAACUGCCAGAGAGGAUGCAACAUUUAAAGAGUUCGAAAUUAAAGUUGCAAAUCGUCUUUCAGUUGACUCAUUUGUGGAAGUUAGCACAAUUAUGGAGCCUCAACAGGUCAAAGACUUAGGCCUAGGGGAAGCUGAUUUGGUUCUGUUAUCCCGCUCAAACAAGCCUGCCACUGAUUCGAGUGCACCUCAUUGUCUAGGUAGAAUAUCCGGAAUCAAGAAGAAGAAAGGGACAGUAGAGGUAUCCUAUCGCAUUAAUCCCAGUGGCCCAAUGGCUAGCGGCAUUGGACCCGGAGGUGGGCUGUUUGGUGUAAAGAUCACCUCCCUUACCCCCCUUGAACGCGAAUACGGAGCGCUCAUGGCUCUCCAAUAUUAUGACCUGAGUGAGGAGAUCAUAAGAGCAAAGCCAUCUCCAAUACUGAAUUAUGGCCCAGAGAGCUUGAAAACCAUACUGGCCACAUAUGACCUCAAUCCGGCGCAAGCCAAGGCCAUUAAAUCGGCUGUGGAUAAUGAUGCAUUCACACUAAUCCAGGGGUAA